CUACCAUGUCUCGUGGAGGGAGUAACAGCUUCGGGUUGCUCCCCAACGAACACUUCGUGUAUCUGCGGAAACAAUACGUUGCAGGCAAAUCUCGUUGGUUGUUCACAAACUGCUUGUAAUGCAACGGACCUUUUCAAGGCCAGUGCGGUCAACAUACAACUUUGCGCAGCGGUCCCUAUCGAAUCGAGAAGUGGCCAAAUAAGUCGGAUUGCUAUAAUAUUAAUGUGCAUCAAUUUUCCUAUUGUGAGCCUUAGAGUCUACUCAAGAUUGAAAUUCUCGGGCCGACUUUUUGAAGAUGAUUGGUUUGCUUUGAUAUCUGCUGUAACAGCUGUGUACAAGGGAUUUGGGCAACAUCUGUGGAAGAUAGCCCCAGAAGUGCUUCCUAGCGUUGUUGAGUUCUUUUAUAUAACCGAGGUCUUCUAUGCAGCCCCUCUGGCAUUUGCCAAGAUCUCCGUCCUGCUUCUCUACCUCCGCAUAUUCAUGGCGCCUUGGUUUCGAUUUACAGUUUGGGCAACCAUUAUUUGCGUAGCAACUUCAGCUACCAUCACAACGUUGAUGGCAAUUUUUCAGUGUAUACCAAUCCAAUCGAUCUGGAAUCCCGCACUUCCGAAGACGUGCAUCGAUGUCAACACUUUCUCAAUCGCCACCUCGGCUGUUAACACCGCACUGGAUGUUGUCAUAAUAAUGAUUCCAUUGCCGGAGUUGAAUACACUGAAUUUGCAUUGGAAGCAGAAGAUUGGUGUCUUCGGGGUAUUUCUUACUGGCGGCUUUGCCACUGCCACAAGCAUCACUCGCCUGUUCUUCCUAGUCAACUUUGAGACCUCUCGCGAUGCUACGUUAAUUUGGUCCAUAUUUGAACUAAACAUCUCCCUGAUAUGCGCCUCUCUCCCGGCGAUUCGUCCUCUUCUCAGCCAUUACUUCCCUAAGAUAAUGGGUAGCACUGAGAUAUUCACGCCCAAGCCUUGGAAAAUCUCAUUGGGAACCCCACCGAGCGGAGGAGAAGGAUAUCGAGAUUAUCCUAAAAGACAGAACAGAUCGUACCAAAGCUUUAUUAUGAGUAGCAAGCAGAGUCGAGCAAAAGACAGAAUUCUGGAGGAGGAUGAGCUUGAGUUGCGGCAAUAUGAAAGUUGGAUUUGA